AUGUUGCUUCUCUCCUGUCCUUCCAAAUUGCAGAUGCUGGAGGGGAUGCUGAAGAAGUGCCUCCCUCAAGCAAUUGGGGUCCAUGGAACAGUAAUGAACAUAAACCGUGGGAACCCACUUGGUCAUGAGGUGAUUGUGGACACCUGGCCCAAUUUCAAAGCGGUCCUCACCCGGCCACACAGAAAGGUUGCCUCAGAUGACUCAAAUUCCCAUGUUAAUGCAUAUGCAGCAUUUUACCAUGAUCUUGAUGCGUAUCGAACUCUGGCGCUGGACACAGAUGCUAUCAAUUGGGCCCAAAGGUUACAUAUCCAAGGGAACCAGCAGGGUAUACUUCAAGUCUCCCAAGAAGCUGUCACCAUCAAGAAUGUGCCACUGACACCAUUAUCCUACAUUACCUUUCUGACCCCUGACCCAAAUAAAAUGCCUGAGUACUGGCUAGAUCCCAGCUUCACAGUGUCCACCCUGAAUGCCUCUCAUGUUGACCUGGUGAAUGAAACAUGGGACUACGGAGGCAAUGAACAAAGUCGUAGGUACAUAGCCAGCCUGGUGCAGGCUUUCUUCAGUUUCUGCAUCUUGGAUCCCAAUGGUCAACUCAUCAGCUGGAAUAUAAUGAACCAUGCUGGAGCAAUAGCACUUGCCUACACCCUGCCCUCACACCGUGGAAAGCAUUAUUUUUCUGUGAUAGAAAGGGCACUAAGCAUGAGAGCUCAUUCUGCUGGCUACCCUGUAUAUAGACAUGUUGCUCUAAGCAAUGUCCCCAUGCAGAGGAUACAGGAGUAUCAAGGUGGCCAUAAAAUACCUGACUUGUGUCAUUAUUGUAUCCAUGGUGAAAUAUAGGAGAGGAAGA